AUGCGACAGUACGUCUACGUGUUCGUACUUUUCUUGGCCUGCAGUCGGGGCGGCUGGGCUGCUAAGCCUGAAAAGCAGCCAAGCUACUAUUCGGCCCCGAAGCAUGACAACUAUUAUCAGCCAAAACAAGAUUCUUAUCAUCAGAAUAAGUAUGAAACUUAUCAGCCAAAGUACGACAGCUACUCUCCGUCCAAAUAUGAUUCCUACUCUCAUCACAAGUCCGACAACUACCACCAGCCCAAGUAUGAUUCAUACUCCGGACACAAGGUUGACAACUACUACCAGCCCAAGUAUGAUUCAUACUCCGCGCCCAAGUAUGACAGCUAUUCACAGCCCAAAUACGACAGCUACUAUCAGCCCAAAUAUGAUUCAUACACCCCGCACAAGUACGAUUCCUACUCUCAGCCCAAGUACGACAGCUACUACCAGCCAAAGUACGACAGCUAUGAGGAACCGAAAUACGACAACUACUAUCAGCCCAAGUACGACAACUAUUACGAGCCCAAGUACGACAACUAUUAUGAAUCAAAAUACGACAUCUAUUCACCACCCAAAUACGGCAAUUACUAUGAAAACAAAUAUGAUAACUACUAUGAGCCCAAGUACGACAGCUACUAUACGCCAAAGUAUGAUUCCUACUCCCAACCGAAAUACGACAAUUAUUAUGAACCCAAAUAUGACAAUUACUAUCAGCCUAAGUAUGAUGACUACUACCAACCAAAAUACGACAACUACUACGCACCCAGAUACUAG